AUGACUAAAGUUUGCCGUCCAUCUGACCAAAUUUUGACAAAAUUUAAAGGAGAUUAUCCUUUGACUGUUCAAAAUAUGUCAGCUAUCAAAAGAAAACAUACCCAUAAAAAAAAUAAUUAUAAUGACAGUAGCAGUAUAAUGAGUCAAAAUAAUUUAUCGCAAUCUUGUAAUUUUUUAGUUACGGGUGAAACAUUAUGGAAAAAAAUGGGUACACAAUUUGAAAAUAUAUCAUAUUUAGGAUCAUCAAAAAUUAAUGAUCCUGUUAGUGAAUCAGAGAUGCAUCAGAUAAUGCAUACUUUAAAUUGUGAACAACAACAUUCCACUGUACAAAUUGUAUUAACUGUUCCACAUUUCUCCACAGGAAUUGUUCAUUUAUUGGACUCUGAAAGUGGUUCAGAAAUAAUGUCGUUUUCUAUUCAUAGGAUCAGGCUAUGUAGUAGAGGACAUAUCUCCACAACAGAAAGUGAAUGUUUUGCUUUAAGUUAUGAUAAUUACAAUUCAGGACAAUAUUCAUAUCAAUGUCAUGUAUUUAGAUCUAAUAAACCAGAGGGUGCCGCAAAAAUUUUAUUUGCCUUUAGUAAUACUUUCAAUAAUAUACCACCUAAUCCAUUAAAAGGUUUCAAUAUUACUUCAUCAUUAGAAUUAGAAAUAACAAAAAAACAUUCAGAUGAUAUAUAUGAAGAAUAUGAAUUUGAAAGUUUUUUUGAUAUAUGUGAAGAUGAUGGUAAUGGUGGUUUUCAAGCAUGUCCACAAGAAAAGAAUUGUUUUAGACUUCGAAGAGAUAGAAUAAAACGAAUAAUGAUUGUUAUAAAACAAACAAAGGGUCCUAAGUUUAUUAAAAUAAAAAGUUGUUUUGGUUUAUUAUUAGCAGCAGGUAGAAAUUUAAAGGGUAGUGAUAUGCAAUUGAUGGAUAUAUUAUCAUUGGGACCAGUACCACAAAAUAAACAUAUAUAUGUUAUUGAAGGUCUUUGGAAUCCAUCAACAGAAAAUUUCGAAGUUCUUAAUACUGAAACACCCAGAGAAACAAGAGUUUUCAUGACUGUUUGUGCUGAUGUAGUAAUUGAUGGUAUUGGAGAUUCAAUAAGAUUUUAUGUAGAAUGUAAAGCACGUAUUUAUCAUCAACAUGAAAGAUUUUGUUCAGUUAUAAGAACCCCAAUUGUUGAAAGGUAUUUUUUAAAAACAACUAUAGAUAAAAAUCAAAGAAUUGAAAUCAUGAAUAAUAGCAAAGAAAAAAACGGUACAUCCAUAGAUGAAAAUAUUCCACCUUCAGAAGAGACAACCAGUCAAAUUGAUUCUGGUAUUAACAAAAGUAAUAAUUUAAUGAAAGUUAUUAAUUUUGAAUCAACAACUGAAAGAGAUAGAACCUUAAGAAGGCAGGCUGAAGGUAAAUUUCAACAAGAGAUGCCUACACAAUUAAUACAUCCUGCUGAUGCUGAUGAUUCUGAUCAUGAUGAACCAUUAUUAUCUGGUAGUGGUCACGUGAAUCAAGAAUGUUCUGAAGAAUUGUUAGAAGAAUGGAAUGAAAUUCUUGAUAAGUGGGAAUUAGAUUUAGAUAAUAAACCAGAAAAAUUAGAUAUGUUGAUGAGGAAUGGUGUUCCAGAUGUUGUUCGUGGUAAAGUAUGGCAAUAUAUUACUAAAGUUCCAUUAACACCAGAAUUAUCUACUAAAUAUUUUGAAUUAAUUGAAAAACCAUGCCCAUGUGAUUCAGUAAUUUUACGUGAUAUACAUAGAACAUUUCCAGCACAUGAAUAUUUUAAAGAACCUGAUGGUCCUGGACAACAAGCAUUAUAUAAAAUAUCUAAAGCUUAUGCUUUAUAUGAUGAAGAAGUAUCAUAUUGCCAAGGAUUAUCAUUUUUGGCUGCAAGUUUAAUUUUACACAUGGAUGAAGAUAAGGCAUUUUCAGUAUUAGUAAAAAUUAUGUUUGAUUAUGGAUUACGCGAUCUCUUUAAAUUAGGAUUUGAUGCACUUCAAUUACGUUUUUAUCAACUUCAAAGACUUCUUCAAGAUAAUUUACCAAAUUUAAAUAAAUUUUUAAAUGAUAUUGGUAUUGAAACACAUAUGUAUGCAUCACAAUGGUUUUUAACAAUGUUUACAGCCAAAUUUCCCCUUCAAAUGGUUUUUUAUAUUGUUGAUUUAUUUUUAUUUGAGGGAAUUGAUACAAUAUUUCAUAUUUCAUUUGCAUUGUUAAAUGAUUCAGAGAGUGAUCUAAUGCAACUAGAUUUUGAUGGAGUUUUAACCUAUUUUCGUGUAACAUUACCAAGAAAAUAUAGAACAGAGGAAAGUGCUAAAGCUUUAAUACACCAGGCAAUUAAAAUGAAGGUUAAAAGUGAAAAACUUAUUGCAUAUGAAAUGGAGUAUAGAGAUAUUCAACAAAAAGAAUUAGAAUUAUUAAAUCCUGAACAAAGAUUAGAAAAAGAAAAUUUAAAACUUCAUGAAAGAGUUAGAAGAUUAGAUUGUGAAAACGAUGACUUGGCAAGAGAAUUAGUCACCAGUAAAAUAGAACUUCGUCAUAAAUUAGAUGCUGCUGAAGAUCAAAUUGAAAGAUAUCAAACAACAAUUGAAAAAUUAACUAGACAAAAUAGAGAUUUAGAAGAUGAGAAUAAAAGUUUUAGUGAAGAAUUUUUGAUGGUUAAGGAAACUUGUCGACGUGAAAUGGAUCGAUUAGAAAAAGAAUAUCAAAAACAUAAAAAAAUAUCACAAGAUUAUAAAGAGAUUUGUAGUAAAAUGGAUAAACAGCUGAAUAAACAAAAAGAUGAAUUUAAAAUUUUAAAAAAGACUAUUUCAAAUAAAAUAUCAAAUUGUUCAACAUGCUCAUUUCUACUUGAAGAUGAACUUUUAGACUCUCCGAGAACAUCAAAACGAAGCUCACCUACAACAGAUGAAAAUUGUGGAAUUAAGAUGAUAGAAAUGAGAGAUAAAAUUGAUGAACAAGAUGAAAGAAUAAAACAAUUAGAAUUAGAAUUGGCACAAACAAAAUUAGCACUUGUUGAAGCACAAUGUCAGAAUCAAGAUUUAACACAUCAAAUGAGUACAAGCAUAGUUAAUACAACUGAAAGUAGUAGUAAACCAGCAUGGUUAAAGAAGACAAUUAUUUCAUUCAAAGAAGCUAAAGUUUCACUAAAUAAAAAUCAACAUUCACAAGAAGUAAAAAGCUAA